AUGAAGGUAACUAAUUUUGUCUCCUUGCUAGCCUCGAUCAUAAGCAUCGUCCCUACUGCUUAUUCUCUCGCAACAUAUUCCGCUACUUCUGGUGGUCCCUCUUACUCUGUCGGAAUCUCUUCAAGUAAUUCAAACAAUGUCUACUUUCAACUCACGGCACCAACCUCAUAUCAAUGGGUUGCUCUUGGCAUCGGUUCCCAAAUGUCCGGAAGUACCAUCUUCGUUAUGUAUGCUGAUGGUACCGGUAAUGUGACACUGUCUCCUCGAAAGGGAACCGGACAAGUCGAACCAAAGUACGAUAGCAGUAUAACUGUCGAACUACUUUCCGGGAGUGGCAUCGUGGAUGGGAACAUGGUCGCCAAUGUUCUCUGCACAAGCUGUAGCUCUAAAUUAUCAUCCACAACAUCCACAUCAUCAAACUGGAUAGCAGCAUGGAAUUCUGGGUCUGCUCUUGACACUACCGAUACUUCGACAUCCAUUAAACAACAUUCGGGAUCUAACCAUAAAUCAUUCACUUUUGAUUUGUCGCAAGCUCAGUUGGAAUCUGAUACAAAUCCUUUCACUUCAACAUCUGCAGCUACGACUUCGUCUAGUGGUAACUCCACGGAUUCGUCAAGUUCAUCUAGUUCUUCUAGCUCCAGUGGACUUUCUCCCGUUCAAUCAUAUGACAUGGCACAUGGAAUCAUCAUGGGAAUAACCGUGGUAUUACUCUUCCCCCUCGGCGCACUUUCCAUGCGCGUUUUCGGUAGACCAUGGCUCCACGCCAUUCUCCAAAUCCUAUCCUUUUCCUUCUUGAUUGUAGGUCUCGGCUUGGGAAUCAAACUCGCAGGAUUAAAAUAUGGCUCGUUUGGCGAAUCAACAACACUCGCAAAACGCAUCGUUAUUGACGAAAUCGCGAAGCGACAGUUUGGGAAUUUUGGAAGUAGCACGUUUACGGGCACGUCUCCUUGGGCUACUGCGACGGGCACUUAUACUGGGGGAUUUGGCCGUCCAACUUCGACUUCGGAUUCUGGGUCUGGAUCUAGUUCCGAUUCUGGAUCGUCGGGCUCUGGGACCGCUGCCGUCACCGGCGCGGCUGUUACACCAUCUUUGGGAAAGACUAUAUCGAAUACAACUCACAUGAUCUUCGGGAUCAUAUUAGUUAUUUUGUUCUUCAUUCAACCAUUUCUCGGGCUCAUCCAUCACUGGAGAUACAUGCGAGCUCAGCAACGAGGAAUGUUUGGACAUAUCCAUGUAUGGUACGGUAGGAUAUUGAUUGUCCUUGCUGUAAUCAAUGGUGGAUUAGGAUUGCAGUUGGCUGCCAAUACACGGAAUGGAGAAGUAGCUUAUGCAGUUGUCGCUGCAUUUAUGGGGGCGUUCUAUAUUGGCGUCAUGAUUCUUACUUCAAUGAGAAAAAGAAGGCUGAAUAGAAAUGGAUCAAAAUUUUAA